CCUGAUCCUACAGACUCAGGCAAACAAAAAGCGCUCUGUUAUACGCGCUCAAAAGACUCACAGAUGCAGGAAUACAUUACAUAUUUACAGAAAACACAGGAGAUCGAUCCAGAGGAGGACAAACAGUGUGAAGAUGUUCUUCAGGGGGACCAAUAUUCUCUGGAUGUUGAUAUUCUGGCGAUCUGCUUCAGGUGAUGAUGUGACGAAUGCUGUGACAACUGAUGUUACUUUCACUCCGAUUGUUCCGCCUCCUAGCACCAGCAGCAUUAUAUGGAAGCACAGAAACAAUGCUGGAGUUGUUGUGAAAGUCAUUGAAUGGGACCAGGAUGAUGGCAGAACUGAAAUUCCCAACCACAACUUCAGAGCCCACGCUAGUCUGAACAAACACACUGGAGAGCUCACUCUGACAAAUUUACAGCUCAAACACACUGGCGUUUACACUAUUGACAUCAACAGUAAAGAGCAGAGAAAGCACUUCCGCCUGACUGUUAUGGAUCGUGUCAGCAAACCUGAUAUAAAAACAAACUGUGAUCUGGAAAACAUUCCUGUCUGUUCUCUGAAUUGUGAGGGCGAAGCUUCCUCUAAGAGUACAGUAAUCUGGCAGAACUCAGCCGGACAGACGCUAAACAGCAGAGAUCCUAAUAUGAGGACCAUCAAAGUGACCAACAGCAGUAACCCUGAGGAGUUUUACACCUGUACACUGAAAAACGCAGUCAGCAUGGAGACCAGUGAUCCAGUCUAUGAGAAGAAGCUGUUUUAUGGUACAAACGGACCAUUAAUUGCCAUUCUUUCGACUGUUAUAGUUGUCAUCUGUCUGAUUUGUGGUGUCUGUGCUGCUUUCUGUAGGAGGAGGGCAUGAAUGAAUGAAGCUGCGGAUGUUCAUUACAGAUGCAAACUCUUUUCCACUUAUUUCCCUGUGCCUUAGAUCUCAGCUUGACUAAAUCAACUGGAGCUUUCAAAUAUCUUUCAACUACCUUUACUUCUGACUGUUGUCAUUUGGUAUUUUUGUUGUGGAACAUGUUGGUGUUUUUCUCUGAAUCUGCUGUAAUGUAUGCAAAUAAAGACGAGGAAUAAUAUUA